AUGGACGAUGCAGAUAGCCAGUUUGAGAUGGAGACUUCAGUACCUCAGGAGGGAGGUCGAGCUGCCAAGGCGGCUUCGAAGACGAAGGAUCCCAAGCACCGAGAUUGGCUACAGGACCAUGAGAACCGACUGGAGGAGGAGGUGCGCUUCCUCAAAGAAAGUCAGCAGCUAUUUCAUACAUUGUUGCAAGGAGGCGGACGGGCUUCCAAGGCGACCAGGAUUGGAUCCUAUGAUGGCAAUCGCGACGACAAGGCCCUGCACAACUUCUUUUGGGAUGUUGAAGAGUACUUGUUGUGCGCGCCUAAGCUAUCUGAUGAGGCCCAGGUUAAGGAGAUUGUGACUCGCUUAAUUGGGAGUGCGAAGCUUUGGUGGCGGACUCAUCAAGCAGACGAACGUGCAGGUAAAACUGUGACGCCGAUCAAGUCCUGGGCAGAUUUGAAGGCGACCUUGCAUGAUCAGUUCCGACGAGGGAACUUAGAUUGGAUCAUCCAAUCUCGCUUCGAUGAAUUGAAUCACACCAACACAAUCCGCGAGUAUGUGAAGGCGUUCCAGGUGCUGGACUUGGAAUGCUCAAAGUUGAACGACUUCGAAAAGCUGUUCCUUUUCACCAAGGGCUUGCAACCUUGGGCAAAGGACGAGCUAAGACGGCAGAAAGUGCAGACUCUUGCAAAAGCCAUCACCGUUGCGGACGGUUUGCUUGACUACAAAGGCGACGCGGCUAAGGGUUUUGGAGGAGCCCGAACAGAGAACUACAAGAAGCAAUUCCGUCGAAAGGAUAAGAGGACGGAUGCUCUCGCGAGCCAAGAUGGCGACAAGAAGGGCAAGAAGCCGAAGAAGCAUCAUGAAGGAAACAACUCGAAAAAGAGGGAUCAAGGCCCUGAGAAGAAGAAGGAGCGCGAACCGAGUUGUUUCAUCUGUGGAAGGGAGGAUCACUGGGCGCGGAAUUGUCCAGAACAGAGCAAGAUCAGUGCAUUGUUGACCGAAGAGAAGAAGAUGCCUGGAAUGAGCACCUUGCAGCUUCUAAAUUCCUUGCACAAUUCCACAGACCAGCAUAUUGUCGACAAGCACGAGUUGUGCUAUGUCGAAGCACAUUUUGGACCGAAGAAGAUCUUGGCAAUGAUCGAUUUGGGAGCAACUCAUAAUUAUAUCUCGGCAGGACAAGCCAAGAAGCUUGGCUUGAAAAUGGAACCGACUUCGUCGCAAUGCAAGGCUGUCACAACGCCUGCACAAAAGAUCCGAAAGGAGGUCAUCCGCAUCGGAUUGUGGCAAGGGACAAUCGAUAUGGUUGCCAUCGAGAUGACUGAGUUUGAACUCAUCCUUGGGCAGGAGUUCCUGAGGAGCGCAUCAGCAGCAGUCGUACCACACAUAGGUUGUCUUUUGGUGCUUGACCCAAAACGACCUUGCAUGAUCCCGACGGUGAAGUGCAAAGAGUCGAAUUGGACACUCAAUGCACUGAGUGCAAAGCAGGUUUGCAGAGGAGGUGGGGAUAACUUGUUUCUGGCAACUUUGCUUGGAGGUCGGGAAGAAGGAGAAUCAUCUACGAGCUCCAACUUCGCAGCCAUCCAAGAUGUCCUGAAUGAGUAUUCGGACCUCAUGCCGGAUAAGCUUCCUGCCAUUCUACCACCGAGGAGACAUGUAGGUCAUCAGAUCGAGCUCGAGGCUGGAGCUAGACCGCCCGCCAAGGCACCUUACCGACUCUCAGGACAAGAGAUGGCCGAGUUGAGGAAGCAGUUGGCGGAGCUCGUAGAAGCAGGCUAUUUGCGGCCAUCAAGGUCUCCCUAUGCUGCCCCAAUUUUGUUUCAGUGCAAGAAGGAAGGGACGCUACAGCUGUGCGUGGACUAUAGAGCGUUGAACAAGCUGACAAUAAAGAACAAGUAUCCACUCCCUCUCAUAGCGGACAGCUUCGACCGCUUAGUAGAUGCAAGAGUGUUUAGCAAACUGGAUCUCAGGCAAGACUACUACCAGAUUAGGAUUGCACAAGGCGACGAGGAGAAGACCGCCAUCACAACUCGGUAUGGGAGUUAUGAGUUCUUGGUCAUGCCUUUUGGUCUGACAAAUGCCCCUGCGACUUUCAGCACUUUGAUGAACGAUGUGUUCAGGCCGUUGUUGGACAAGUGCGUGGUAGUAUAUCUGGAUGAUAUACUAGUUUACAGCCGAAGUUUGGAUGAGCAUAAGGAACACCUCAGGGAAGUGUUCACUUUACUCAAGGCGAACGACUUGUAUGUGAAGAAGGAGAAGUGUGCGUUUGCACAAGAGCAGGUGUCAUUUCUUGGCCACAUUGUGGGACAUGGUUACUCCAGGAUCGCUAGUCCUCUCACCGACUUGCUGAAGAAAAACAGAAGUUGGAAGUGGGGAGAAAAGCAGCAGAGUGCGUUCGAUACAUUAAAGGCGAAGCUGACAGAGGAGCCAGUCUUGGCCUUGCCUAAGUAUAGCAAACCAUUUGAAGUCCAAACCGAUGCGUCCGACUUCGCAAUGGGAGGCGUCUUGAUGCAGGACGGGCAUCCGAUUGCUUUUGAGUCUAGAAAGCUCAAUGAAAGGGAAAGGAACUACCCGGCACACGAGAAAGAGAUGACUGCUAUAGUGCACUGUUUGAGGACUUAG